AAGAAAUAAGAUAAAAUAAAACCGUUUUGAAUCAUUAAGAGAUGAAUCAUACCGAACAACUAGAGUAAUUAUUUUACGUGGGCGUGAAGAAAUAAAGGUACAAAACGAAUUUUAGUGUGGUAUACGGUUAAAAGGGUCAAUUGAUGUUAAUUAAAAAAAUUAGAACCUUUAACGGACGAGAAGAACAUCUUCAGUAAGGACAGUUUGAAUGAAACGUGUCUUGAAAGAGGUCGAAUUUUGAAAAAUUAAUUUCAAAAAAAACUUCAAAAUUGAGCCCACCGUCAGAUUUAAACCGGUAAAAACGUAUUACGAGGUGCCGAAAAAAUUUAAAAUCGGCCAAGUCGAAAUGGAAGAUGACAAAACGGAGGAUGAAAAGGUGGAUUUGCCGAAAAAGAAAAGUUUAAGGAAAAGAAUUAAAUCUAAUUGGCACGUUGUAAUAAAAAUAAUUGAAAUGAGUUUGUGCAUCGUUUGUAUCGGAUUAAUUUACGAACCACUUCAAAAUCAAGACAUAAUUAAGGGGCAUCUACACCAUUUGGGCGUCAUUUACACCAGUUUCUCCGGAUAUUUAUUAAUAAUGUGCGUAAUGUUUACGAGUUUUUUGUUUAAUGAAGCGAUCGGUUAUAAAACUUCGACCAUGUUUUCGAUUUGCGCCGCUUGUCUUAACAUAAUAACUGCCAUAUUAAUAUUCACCGAUAAAGAUCAUUUUAAAAGUAGGAUUUUUCACCCAAACAUGUAUUUAUUACCUUUACUAAUCGGUUGUAGCGUUUGCGCAUUCGUAAACGGGAUUGUUUAUUUUGUUGAUGCGGUUUUUACAUUUAAAUAUAAAAGGGAUUUUGGUCCAAAUUAAUUUUCUUUUA